AUGGGGGAGACGUUAAAUAUAAAUAAGAGUAAUAAGAGCACCUCUGUUCGGUUUCGAAUCGUAGUUGGAUCUUAUGAGCACAUACUAUCAUGUCUUAGUGUUACUGUCAGUUGCGAACCGAGUUCUGAGAAGACACCUAUUUUUCAGCCUAUUUUUCACUUCGAAGCUCAUUCUUUAAGCAUCAGAGCGUUAGAUCAGGCAAAGCGGUAUUUGGUUAGCGGCUCUAACGACGAGCAUAUAAAGAUUUAUGAUCUCCAAAAAAGAAAAGAGAUUGGAAGCUUACUGCAACAUACAGGUUCGAUAACUUGCUUGAAGUUCAGCCGAGAGAGUUCUAAAGCUAGGGAUGCGGAUGGUAAAUGGCUACUUUCAGGAAGUGAAGAUGGGUCAAUCAUCGUUUGGAGAACUAAAGACUGGGAGCCAGUAGCUGUGCUGAAGGGUCAUAAAGCUGCGGUAAAUGACUUGGCAAUUCACCCUAGUGGAAAAGUUGCAGUCUCGGUCAGUAACGAUAAAACAAUAAGACUGUGGAACCUCAUGAGUUCCAAGCUGGCAUCAACCCUAAAAAUGAAAGGAAAGGAUACUUUAGGACAAUCCGGUCACUUUGUUAAAUGGUCUUUUGAUGGGGAGCAUUUUAUUGUUGCCUUGGUCAACAGAAUAUUUGUCUACCAUACUAGGACCGCAAAGCUUCUCACAAAUAUUCCCUUUCAGUCCACAAUAAUGAAAAUUGAGGUUGUGCAGCUAGAAAAAGAAUACUUAAUCACUUGUCAUAGUAAUGGGGAGAUCUGUUUUUAUUCAUAUGAGUGCUUUCUAGGAGAUGUGGAGAAGCUUCAACCUGAUUACAAACUCUUGGGUCAUUCAACUCGCGUAAAGGACAUAAGCAUUUAUCAAGACGAUGACUCAAAAGACUCAUUUUUAGUAUCAGUUGCCUCUGAUGGUAAGAUUGUUGUCUGGAGCUUAAAAACUUUUGACCAAGUUGCAGUGUAUGCUACUAGCGAGCGCCUUACGGUAGUUACUACAAUGAAUGAAAACAUAGAGGACUUGAAGAAUGUAAAAAAAACAACCCCCAAAUUUGAGGCAGAGGACAGUGAUUUUGACAGUGAAGCUGAGGUGCUAUUGAACGGAACAACUGCCUCUACAGAAGACUUGGACACUAAUAAGAGUUUGGUAAGCAUUGUGUACGAAUAA